CUGCUCACCAUCUCAGAGGCUAAGAAAGAAAGGUGAAAGAAGAGAUCGUUUUGGCUGCGAAAUCCUAAUAAUCGGGUCCAAGCAGCCGCUCCCCUCCCUCCUUUUAUAAAGGAUCCCCCCCCCCCAGACAGCCAACUCUCUCUGCACGGCAUGGAGAGAGGGGCUCGCUGGUCCUCCGGCUGCUCCAUCGCUUGGAUCGCCUGGACAUGGCUUUUGCUGGGCACUUGGUGUUUCGCCGGCGCUGAGAUAACUUGCAGGUCUUGCUUUUCUUCUUCCUCUUCUCUUUCUUCUUCCUCUUCAUCACCAUCACCAUCAUCUCCUGCAUCUUUUCGGGUGAAGCUGCUGCAGCAGCCGUCGCCGCUGGAGGUUCCUCGGGGAGUGUCGCUUGGCGAAGGGGAAAUCCUGCAGGAGAAGCCCGGUGGAGGAUGGGGGGCUGGGGACGAGGAGAGAGGAGGAGGGGAGGAGGAGGAAGGCGAAGCGACGGUCGCGCUCCGAAAGGAUCGGGCUCCGGCAAGGGGUCAGCCGGCGGCCGGGGGGAUGGAAGGAUUUGGAACCGCGGCGCACCGGCAAGCGGCUGGCGGCGCGCAGAGGGGACCCGGGAGGGCGCGACGGAGCCCUGAGCCCGGCCGAUCCGGCCAACUCUCGGUUAGGGCGAGGGGCAGCGGAGCAUCCUCGGCACUGGGCAGGGAGGCGGAGGAGAGGCUGCCGCCGCCGCCGCCGCCUGGAGAUCCCAGGGAAGAAGGCAUCCCGGUGGUGGAAACGCCGGGCGGCAGCCCUCGCACGCCCAGGGCCAGGAGGAGCGGCGAGGGUCACCAGCCUUUCGCCCCGGACAAUCUCGGGGCAGAAGGGGGCGCCUGGGGCGACGCCUUCACGGAUGGCCAGAAAGCGACCCGCGCUCAAGGCAGAGGCUCCAAGGAGGAAGGGCGGAUGGGCAAGCUGCGGGCAGGCGGCGGCGGCGAAGAGUUGAAACUGACCAGCACGACCUUUGCCCUCAACGGAGACUCGGCCCACAACCAAGCCAUGGUGCACUGGUCCGGCUACAACAGCAGCGUGAUUCUCAUUCUUACAAAGCUGCAUGACUUCAACUUGGGGAGUGUUACUGAAAGCUCGCUCUGGAGGUCCACAGAUUAUGGGACUACUUACGAAAAGCUAAAUGACAAGGUUGGAUUGAAGACAGUUCUAAGUUACCUUUAUGUCAGUCCUACUAAUAAAAGGAAGAUAAUGCUCCUGAGUGAUCCUGAGAUUGAAAGUAGCAUACUCAUCAGUAAUGAUGAAGGUGCCACCUAUCAAAAAUAUCGGCUCAACUUCUACAUCCAGAGUCUGCUCUUCCAUCCAAAGCAAGAGGAUUGGAUUCUAGCAUACAGCAUUGACCAAAAGCUCUACAGCUCAAUGGAUUUUGGAAGAAGAUGGCAGAUCAUGCACGAACGGAUCACACCAAACAGAUUUUAUUGGUCCGUCACAGGUUUGGACAAGGAGCCUGACCUUGUACACAUGGAGGCUCGGACAACAGAUGGACAUGCACAUUAUAUAACUUGUAGAAUUCAAGAAUGUUCAGAGACUACCAGGAGUGGACCUUUCUUGCGUUCUAUUGACACAAGCUCACUUGUCGUCCAGGAUGAGUACAUUUUCAUUCAGGUGACUGCUGGUGGAAGAGCAAAUUACUAUGUGUCCUACAAAAGAGAACCCUUCACCCAGAUAAAAUUGCCCAAGUACUCACUACCAAAGGACAUGCAUAUUAUCAGCACAGAUGAGAAUCAGGUGUUUGCCGCAGUUCAAGAAUGGAAUCAAAAUGACACGUACAACCUUUACAUCUCUGACACCCGAGGAAUCUACUUCACCCUGGCCUUGGAGAACGUCAAGAGCAACCGAGGACUUGAAGGAAAUGUCAUUAUUGACCUUUAUGAGGUAGCAGGGAUCAAAGGGAUAUUCCUGGCUAACAAGAAAGUGGAGGACCAAAUUAAGACUUUCAUCACCUACAACAAAGGGAGAGACUGGCGUUUGCUGCAGGCUCCAGAUUCAGAUUUGAGAGGGGACCCCGUACACUGUCUGCUGCCUUUCUGUUCCUUGCACUUGCACUUGCAAGUCUCUGAAAACCCCUAUACAUCAGGCAGCAUCUCAAGCAAAGAGACAGUUCCUGGUCUUCUGGUUGCUACAGGCAAUGUGGGUCCAGAAUUGUCAUACACAGAGGUUGGCAUGUUUGUUUCUUCAGAUGGUGGAAAUUCUUGGAGACAGAUCUUUGAGGAAGAAUACAACGUAUGGUUCCUUGACUGGGGUGGAGCACUUGUAGCUAUGAAACACACAUCAAUGCCCAUCCGCCAUUUGUGGGUGAGUUUCGAUGAAGGAAAGACCUGGAAUAAAUAUGGCUUCACAUCAGCACCGCUCUUUGUGGAUGGGUCCCUAGUGGAGCCAGGCAUAGAAACACAGAUAAUGACAAUCUUUGGCCAUCUCAGUCUCCGUUCUGAAUGGCAACUAGUGAAAGUAGAUUACAAAUCCAUCUUUAGCCGGAGGUGCACCAAGGAUGACUUCCAGACAUGGCAUCUACAUAACCAGGGUGAGCCUUGCGUCAUGGGAGAGAGGAAGAUCUAUAAGAAACGUAAGGCAGGGGCAUGGUGCGCCCUGAUGAGAGAUUACUCAAGAACUAUUGUCUCAGAACCUUGCAUCUGUGCUGAGUGGGAUUUUGAAUGUGACUAUGGCUAUGAAAGACACAGUAAUAAUCAGUGUAUCCCAGCGUUCUGGUUCAACCCAUCUUCCCAGCUGAAAGAAUGCAGCCUUGGACAGAGCUACCUGAACAGCACUGGGUAUCGGAGGAUCGUUUCUAAUAACUGCACAGAUGGGCUACGGGAAAAGUAUGCAGCCAAGCCUGAACAGUGCCCAGGCAAAGCUCCCCGGGGUCUGCACAUCCUCACAUCCAGUGGCAAGUUGGUUGCAGAACAAGGGUACAACACUACCUUCGUAAUCCUCAUGGAAGAGGGUGAUCUUCAGAGGACAAAUAUCCAGCUAGAUUUUGGAGAUGGUACUGCAGUGUCCUAUGCUAAUUUUAGCCCUAUAGAGGAUGGCAUCCGGCACAUCUAUAAGAGUACUGGGAUCUUCCAAGUGACAGCCUAUGCAGAAAACAACCUUGGUUCUGAUCUGGCAGCGCUUUUCCUGCAUGUAGUAUGUCCAGUGGAACGUGUCCAUUUGAGCGUGCCGUUUGUGGCCAUCAGGAACAAAGAAGUCAAUCUCACUGCAGUGGUUUGGCCUAGUCAGUCAGGGACCCUCACUUACUUCUGGUGGUUUGGAAACAACUCAAAGCCAUUCAUCACCCUGGACAGCAGCAUAUCUUAUACUUUUACCACUGAAGGAAUGAAUACUAUCACAGUGCAGGUCUCAGCUGGUAGCAUCCUCAUCCAGGACACCAAGGAUAUUGCUGUGCAUGAAUAUUUCCAGUCUCAGUUAUUAUCAUUCUCCCCGAACUUGGACUUUCACAAUCCUGACAUCCCUGAGUGGCGAGAAGAUAUUGGAAGAGUUAUCAAGAGAGCCUUGGUGCAGGUGACUGGAAUCCCCGAUGAACAAGUUCUGGUGGCAGUAUUCCCUGGUUUGCCCACGUCUGCAGAACUCUUUAUCCUACCCCAUCAAAACAUGUCAGAGAGAAGGAAAGGCAGCGAAGGUGAUCUGGAACAGGCUGUUGAAAUCCUCUUCAAUGCUUUGAAUCAGAACCUGGUCCAAUUUGAGUUGAAGCCCGGUGUGGAAGUCAUUGUGUAUGUCACUCAGCUAACGUUAGCGCCUCUCGUCGAUUCUGGUGCUGGGCACAGCAGUUCAGCAAUGUUGAUGCUGUUAUCGGUGGUCUUCGUGGGCUUGGCUGUUUUUUUAAUCUACAAGUUUAAAAGGAAAAUCCCAUGGAUAAACUUCUAUGCUCAGGUCCAGCAUGACAAGGAACAGGAAAUGAUUGGUUCCGUCAGCCAAAGUGAAAAUGCCCCCAAAAUCACUCUGAAUGAAUUCACAGACCCAGAAGAACUCAUGGAUAAAGAGCUGGACACACAAGUUAUAGGAAGCAUCUCAACGAUCUCCAACAGCGAAAGCACAAAGGAAAUACCGAACUGCACUAGUGUUUAA